AUGAAAGUGGGGCUGAGACAACAAAUCGCUGUUGUGCAACAAAGUGUAACAGUGAGUCCAGGGAAAUCAAUUCGCCGACGGUCACAACAGCUGAGUAUUCCACGCAGUUCAUUGCAAAGAAUGUUAAGUAAAGACCUCCAUAUGCAUGCAUACAAAAUCCAAUUCGUGCAGCAGCUCAAGCCGGUGGACCAUCAAAAAAGAAGACAAUUUUGCGAAUGGAUUGAAGAGAGACUGGCCGUGGAGGAAAAUUUCGUGAAAAACAUAAUUUUCAGUGACGAGGCACACUUCCACCUCAGUGAAUUUGUUAACAAACAGAACUGCAGGAUUUGGGGGAAUGAAAAUCCACGAGUAACCCACGAACAUCAAAAUAAAUAA